ACCACAAAGAAACUCCGCAAGUGAAAGUACUGAUUUUAACUCACCUGGGCGGAUAUAUAUCAUGGAUUUGAUCUGAAUCAUUUUGUAGGCUAACAGGAGCUGACAGCAACAGCAGAUAGGAUGAGUUGGGGAGCACUUUAUGCCCAGCUGGGAGGGGUAAAUAAACACUCCACCAGCCUGGGAAAGAUCUGGCUGUCUGUCCUCUUCAUCUUCCGCAUUAGCAUCCUUGUAAUAGCCGCCGAAACGGUCUGGGGGGAUGAGCAGUCCGACUUCGAGCCUAUGCAUGUGGCGCAUCGCAAACGCAAUGUAAAGAAAGGACUUUUGGCCAACCGAGGUGGCGGUGCCAAAGGGGAUGACCUGGAGAGUCUGAAGAAGAGGCGUCUACCCAUCACCGGGCCGCUGUGGUGGACCUACACCUCCAGCCUGUUCUUCCGGCUCCUUUUCGAGGCCGGAUUCAUGUACGCUCUGUAUUAUGUCUACGAUGGGUUUCAGAUGGCCCGUCUUGUGAAGUGUGAGCAGUGGCCCUGUCCCAAUAAAGUUGACUGCUUUAUCUCACGACCAACAGAGAAGACAGUCUUCACCAUCUUCAUGGUGGGAUCUUCUGCUAUCUGCAUUGUGCUCAAUGUGGCUGAACUGGCCUACCUGAUUGUCAAAGCAUUGCUGAGGUGCUCAGCCAGAGCCAAAGGAAGGCACGCUUUUGUUCACCAAGAUAAAAUGUCCACAGAAAAGGCACACUUACAGAAUGAAAAGAACGCAAGGUUGCUGUUAUCUGCUUCGGACUCCUCGAGCGAUAAGACUGUUUAAGAUUAUCCCUACAUCCAGUGACUAAUUCUACUAACAUGGUAAUAGGCUUGUGAUGACAGUGUUUUAACUUCUCUAAUGCCAUUAGAGCAUUAGAAUUAGUGUGUUUUGUACCUUGUUUUUGACACCCUGCCCUGAGAAAAUAACAAAGCCUAGCCUGACAGCAGGUUUCAAGCAUGCUUCAUUCCAGAGCUGGCAUUCCUCCCCCAAGCCAAAAGACAAUUAGUGUGUACUUACAGCACUGAAUUGUCUGUAAAAAUGUUCUAGGUUGUUGAAUUUCAUUUGCCAAAUUACUCAAGAGCCUCACAGUACUCUCUAGUGGCAUUAGAAAAGUCCAAGAGUGACUCCUAGUGGUCACAACGACAUAAAUGAAGUUCAGAGACCGUAUUUGCACAAAAUUGAGUGUCCUUUUUUGAGGGAUCAUUUACACGAUGUUGUAUUGUAUGUAAAUGCUUCUUUUUAAGAUUGAGUUUUGCUUUGUUUACUUCUUUUUAAACGCAAUUUCUUUUGCUCUUUCUGUUACCCAUCAACAGUUUUGACUAUAUAGCUAUAUAACUUACAGAGCUGAGCAGGAUUUGUGUUUUUGUGUGUUUUUAUAUGUGCUUAUUUUGCACCUUUAUUUAAAUGUCUUCAACAACUGCACAUCUGUGUUUAGUUUUAAGUCAUUUCACUAGGUUCCGUUGCAUUGACCCAUACCGGGGAUUUUAUAUCAGCAUACCGCAGUGCCUAAUUAGGUUGUUAACAAAUAAGGCUGUAGUGGCGCGUCAGUCAGUCCACCUGUUGACAGGUGGGAGCUCGUGGUCUCGCGUUUCGUCAACUGUCCGUUAUCUUCUGCUUUGUUUUUCUCCUCUCUGAGAGGCUCUACACGUCAGCGGUGACCAGUUUUGUUUUUAAGGCUUUGACUAAACCGCAGAAAGUAUUGUUAGCAAAGUUUCCACAUGGUAUUGAUGGAAUCUUCUGCUGUUUCCUAAAGUGAGCUGUGAUCAUUUUUGAUAGCCACCUGUUUGUAAAAGUACAUUUCUUUGAAAUUUUGGUUAACAACUUAUCUUUUAU